UAAUGCUGCUCUUAUGGAUAACAUUGUGCUUCGCAUGGCCUGGUGCAAUGGGAUUUAUGAUCCGCAGUGUUAAAGAAGGUUUGUGUCUAGAGGACGGUCUUCAUAGUAUAGUUCGUUUAAAGGAAUGCGAGCCCGACUCGGAGCACCAGCAGUGGUUCUGGACAGAUAAGUGGUACCUGGUAAACACGGGCACCUUCAGGUGUCUCUCCUCUCUCGACAAUGAACAUGUCCAAGCCACUGCUUGUUAUGCUGGUGACCACAUCAGGUGGCGGUGUGAAGCUCAACAGAUUCUCAGCUUAAGGAAUUCACUGGCAUUGAGUGCAGAGGGUGGAAAAGUCAGUCUGGUCGCAGAUCAGCACAAGUGGACGACUCUAGAUGGGGGUGACAUCUGUCAAAACAAAAUGAGAUCCAAAAGACAAAGCCAUGUAGAUUUUGAGUCUGACUUUGAAGAACCGGAUGACAGAAUGACAGAGGAACAAGUGAAGUUUUUACAGUGGUAUUACCGCACAGAGGACCGAACAUCAUGGACAUUUGCCAUGCUUGGAUUCGCUUUUCUGGGUCUUCUGAUUGGUUGUAUGCUGUUGGUCAUGGGAAUGAUGGGCAACAGGAGCAGAAAACAAAUAGCCAAGUACAGAGCAUCUACAAAAGUGAUGGCAGUGAAACCUGAAAUGGAGGAGCUGCAGGUCAUGACGAAGAAGAUCACCGAAGAGAAAACCUCCUAUGUUCCCCUCAUGCAGAACAGCCAUACAGAAGAUUCUUUAAACGACAGCAAAGUCACAGAAGAACUGAAGCCCGGAGAGAUCCUGGUGACCUGGAAGGACGGCAACGUGUCCACUUUAUAUCCUGAACCCAUAGCAAACGAUGAGGUGGAAGAGUCCCACAUUGAGGGUCAAGAUAUGGAAACCCUCUCUCCAAACACCCACGAUUCAUCACUUUAAGUUAGA